ACAAACUAUUUUUUUUAAUUUAAAACUCACUUGGUGAAUAAUUUACGAAAAUAUCGCUGGGGAUUCCCGUGACUGAAAACACUACGUGUAUGACGUUAUAUCCGUUUGUUGAAUCCAGCUUGGCAAGUUCCCACUUUUCUUUGAAACACAUACUGCACAAGUAUUUGCCAUGAGGUUAUUUGCAAUAACAGUAGGCUUUAAAAGUUCAGAUGGAAAGGUGAACAUUUUAAAGGCUGCUCAUGAACUAUCUUCGUUUGGCUACUUCCAGAGAGGAAGCGUUCGUGAAUUUAUGGAUUUCACUAGCAAGAUUAUAGUUGAGAGAACUGCCUUUUGCUCAAGAGCAUCUGUGAAAGAACAAGAAUAUGUGUGCCACGUUUAUGUCCGACGUGAUGGCCUGGCUGGUGUUGUGAUAGGUGAUCAUGAGUAUCAACAGAGAGUUGCCCAUACUCUUAUAAACAAGAUUCUUGAUGAAUUCCAGUCCAGGUAUUCUAGUACCCAGUGGCCUUUUUUAAAAGAGAGUGAUGUGAACUUUCCACAACUGGUAGACUUUCUGCAAAAGUACCAGAAUCCCAGAGAAGCUGAUGCCAUGACAAAAAUACAAUCAGAACUGGAUGAAACAAAAAUUAUUCUGCACAACACAAUUGAAGCUGUGCUACAACGUGGAGAAAAGCUUGAUGAUCUUGUCGACAAAUCAGAGGGCUUAAGUCUUCAGUCUAAGACCUUCUACAAAACUGCCAAAAAGACAAAUCAAUGCUGCACCAUUCUGUAAAGUAUUUAUUGCACAGCGACUCUUGUAAUGUGUUCGGAAAUUGAUGGAAAUGAAUAUUUUUGCAUGCUUAUCAGUAGAAAUAAAAAUAAAGAAUUAAGAGGGAAGGUUGAUUUUAUAUAGAUAUUCAUUUUGUUUUGUUUCUGUUAAUGCUAAUUUAGUAAUUUAUGCAAAAUGUAACACUUAUUAUUGUCAAGAUUUCUCUUGGUUUUCAAUUCCACAAAGUACGAAUUUCUUCAAAUGAAUGUAUAAUUGGGUGUGUUUCUAUUUUUGUUUGGCUGUUUAUGGUUGAUGUAUUUUAGAAGAUAAACAGAAACAUCACACUAAAACUCAAGGCUGCUCAUGCACAGAGCAGUGCUUUGGCUAUUUAUGGAAUACACAUACAUGUAUUGGAGGAAUAUGUGGAAAGAUUACUUCUUCCACAUCAGAAAUAUGCUUUCACUGUUCUCAACUUAGAUGCACCUUAUUUCUCCAUUGUUUUAAUCACAAGAUUCAGUAUUACUCCAAACAGCAUGCAAAUGAGAAUGAGUUAUGAGGCAAGUGUGAGAGAAGGCAAUUCUAUGUGUGAUAGAAAAUAUGUAUAUGCAUGCAGGUGUAUCCAGACUGCAUGAUUUUAUUUUCAUUGGGAUAUAUAUGCUUAAAAGUUUGUGAGGAACAAGUUGGAGGCAAAAAUUUCAAGUUCUGUCAGAGAUGUACAUUGCUUGUGUAGAUAGUGUGUUUUGAAGAUGUAUAAAACUGCUGCUACUAAUGUUGAAGCAUAUGAAAUGUGCUAAAUAUGGAUUCCAAUGAAUCUGCCACCUUUCAGCAUGUUUUAACUAUUAUCAUUUAAGAAAAAAGUAUGAUACUGCAUCAUGAUAUCAUCAUUUAUCAUGUUCAUUUGUUUUGGUUUUGCGUAGAUCACUACACACAAAAAUGCAUGCACCCGUCAUUUUUUAAAAGUUAAUAGUCUGUCCUCUUAAACAUCAUUUAUUUUUACUUUUGUGGUCUGGGUUCUCAUUUUCAGUGUCAUAAUUUUCACUGAACUUUACAAAUUAACCAGUAACUUUAGUGCAAAUGAGGUGCUCUUAUUAUCAGUAAAAGACAUGGAUUUUGUUACUUUUAAAUCUGAUGGACCAAUGUAUUUUGUUUGUAUCGUGAACUUGUUAUUUUGUGAUUAUUAACGAGUGUACAUUGUCACCAACUUUAAUUAUAGGGCAUGCACACACACACACACAAACUUAAAUCUCAUCACUAGUAUCUGGUAAAGCAUUUAUUUUCAUUAAAAAUAUAGCAUGUGUUAAAAAAAAAAUUCUGGUCAUUACCUUUGAAUUGUAAGUUUUCUACAAGACAGGAGAUGUGUGUGUGUCCUUUAUGUGUAUAAACAUGCUAUUUGUGAUUAUUUUGGUUGUUUUGAUUUAGCCAGGUGGAUUGACUUUGACAUUUGUGUAAUGUUGCUUUUUACAGUGGCUAAAUGAUAUUUCAACGUAUCACAUAUGCAGUUAAAAUGUAAGUACUAGGAUGUCUCACUUAUAUAGCACACUUUAUUAAAGACCAUUUUGAAGGUUUCAUAGUUUUUUCUUUGUACAUCGAUAUUUGUCUCCUUCACCCAUUUAUUUUCAUAGAAAACUAGGUUAAUAAUAUUAAUAAAUGCAAAAUUUGUAAAGCACAUACACUCUUUAGCAAGAACUGUAAAUCGCUGUGAACAAGUCCUUGGAAAAGCAUUAUAUAAAUCAUUAUUAUUAGUAGUCUGCCUGUAUGUACACUUGGGGAAUGAUAUAACUAUAUUUUCAGCAAAUGACACUUUUCUCUCUGCAUUCACUGCUCCCUUGUCAGAAUUACAAUUAUAUUUAUUAUAGUUUUAUUCUCUAUCGCUUCCUGCAAUUACCAAUCACAAAAAAGAUCAAGUACAUUUAAUAUAGCACAGACCUGACAGUUUUGAAUGAUAAAACAAUAUUAGUGUCAAUUCAGCAAAAAUUAGUUCCUCUUUAUGAAUUGUUAAAGUCAAGUGUUCAUUCAGACCAAAAUAAAGUUCACAAACAUUUCAA